AUGGCGUCCCUCAGUGGAGCAGCAGCUCCUGCUGCUGCUGCUGCUGCUGCUGCACCAGAAGAGACAACUGCAGCAGAAGAAGAGACAGAAGAAACCCCUGAAGGAGAAGCAGGGGCAGCAGCACCACCACCACCUCCAGAGCAGCCAGCAGCAGCUGCUGCUGCUGCUCCAGAACCUGCAGCACCAGCAGCAGCAGCAGCAGAAGCAGCCCCUACCCCAACGGAAGCAGCAGCAGGGCCAGAGCUCACAGCAACAGCAGCAGCAGCACCAGGAGCAGCUGGAGCUGCAGAGACACCAGGAGCUGCAGAGACACCUGAGGCACCACCAUCAAGGCCGACGAGAGCAGCAGAAGAAGGAUUGUCGCCUGAGGAUAAAUUGGCUCGCCAACUUCUCGCAGCAGAACCCGUCAGCGCCCCCACUCGAGAGUACGCGGAUGCCCUGGAGCUGUUGGCUGCGAUUGACUUAACUCCCCCUGAGAGUAUAGGCAUGGACCUGAGGCGCAGACUCAACACCAAAAGAACGGAGCUAAGCGAUAUGAAGACAGCUCUCUUUGCUCUUAUAGAGGCCUCCGAUCGCCUCGCCUUAAAGACCCUUAUACCAGGGCUUCCUGAGUCUGCUGUGCAUGCAUGGCAGCUCAAUGUUGUUUUAAAGUUUGAAGGCCCUAAUAAAGAACCAGCAGAUUCAUUGUCUCUAAUAACUCCUUUCUUUGCUCCUCGCGUAGAAGAAGUACAGCAAUAUGCUUUAUUAGUGAUGAAGGCUUUUGAGCAGCGCAUGCAACACCCUGCCUGGGAUCGCUUUGUGGGGCGGGAGACGAUCUUCGCUGAGGCUCAGAGAGUAACGCACCAAGUAUUAGGCAACUACUGCGGAGACAGAGGCAAUAUUGAUGUAAGGAGACAGCACUGCCACAUGAUUCUAAGAGGAGCGCUCAAGGGACAGCAACGCGCUCUGCAAAUCAUCAUUGCAGAAAUCCCUACGAGCGAAGCAAGCGGAAGGCCCGCCCAAGGCGACUGGAAGGCCUACGCGAGGCAGAGCUUCUUUUCUGAGGCUAUGGGCCUCGGAGCUGUCGUACUGCCCCCUGGGCGUUUAGAUGAAGCAAGACUGCAGAUGGGUGAAUCUCUUCUAUCUCUCUUUCUUCGUCUUCGCUACACAUCUCCUGAACAGUUUAAAUUAUGCAUGCGACUGGCUGGCUGGCCAGAAGACAAAGAGACUCUUAAAGAUGAAGACGAAGCAAAAAUCUUUCUCCAGACAUUACAGUCCUCUCAGUUGUUAACAAAUCCUCAGAUGAUGGCUUGGGCUUCAUCUGCUGCUGGAAGUGAAAGCCCUCAGAUAGGAGAGACAAUAAUAAAAUCAUUUCCUUCAAUCCCCGCUUCACUAAGAAAAUCUAUUAUCACUGCAACAGGAGCAAGUGCUGCUGCUGCUGCUGCUCCUGCUGCUCCUGCUGCUGCUGAAGGGGUGUAUGAAGAGAUGAGAGGUGCAGCACCUGGAGAGACUCUUUACAGCAGAAUGCAGAGAGCAGGGGCCCCUCCGAAGAGUAGAGCAGUAGAAGUAUUAUAUACUUCAAUGGGUGCGGGUGUCUCCCCACCUCAGCCUGAAGAAGCUACUUAUGAACAAAUGUUAGGGGGGCCCCCGAGGGUACCUGAAGAACUUCAAUAUGAACUCAUGACCUCUCAAAUGCCUUGGGAACAGUUUCAACAAGCCAUCUCUAAGAGACACGACGACUGCCCUGUGUCUCCUUCUCCUGUAUUUAAUUCAAAGCAAAUAGAUAUGAGUAGAUCUUCAGGAGAUGUUUUGCUGCGUCUGGCUAGCAGCACACCUGCUUUGCUGCUGCAGGCAGGCAGCAGCAGUACUCCUCAGUUUGCUGCAGUGUGUGGGGCCCUCGGUGUAUUUACAGCAGCUUGGCAGCAGCUUCUUGAAGCGGGUCGUAUAGAGUAUCCUUCAGGUGCUGCAGCACAUGCUGCUUUAAUCGAUAGGCUGCUUCAUUUACAUAAAUAUCUUCUAGUCCCUUACUCUUCAGUAGCAGCAGAACAAACUCAAGACGAAAAACAAUAUCAACAAGCUGUCAAAGCCGUCAAAGCAUUCGCCAAAAUCCGCGCGGGAGGUGCUGUCGCGACAGCAGCAGCAGAAAGCGCAUCUGGAUCUCGCAGAAAAGCGAUGUCUUUAUAUGGAGGCAUAGCGAAUAGUUUAGCUGUCUCCUUAGUGUCUCCUCGAGGGUUGAUGGAGGCCUUUAGAGGCGUUGGAAAUGUUAUGAAAGACCUUCUCGCUGUUGUCUCCCCGACUUGGGAAGAAGAAAAUAAAUUAGAGGCUACAAUUCAGGCGAGCUCUCACUGGGUUCCUUCAACUGCAGCACCUAGCAGCAGCAGCAGCAGCAGCAGCAGCAGAAGCAGAAGCAGCAGCAGCAGCAGCACCAGCACCAGCAGCAGCUAUGUAACAGCGGCCACAGACCUAGACCCAGUUGUGUCUCCUUGGGGAUCAACUGCUUCUUUAGAAGGAGACAGCCAGCAGCAGCAGCAGCAGCAGCAGCCGAUGUGGCAGUCAGCAGCAACAGAAGAGACACAAAAAGCAGAGACAGAUACACAAGGAGCGCAGCAAGCAGAGCUUUAA